UCAGCCAGGUCCGGUUGUUGUGUUUUUACUAAAGAAAGAUAAAGCCAAGAAUGGUAAAUAAUUAGAUAUCAUACCACUUUAUUGUGUUAUAUCUGAACAAUAAUUGUGCAGAAUGAUGAGCAUUACUGAAAUAUUGUAUCCCACGAUAUUUCCAUUGUGCUUGUUUACCCGCGAGUGAUCUUUCGUGCUGUAUUGUGGACACGGAGUGAAAAUUGGCAGACGGUCGGAAUUACGCUGUAGUUUUCCGGACACAAAAAAGUGCCUCUCUGCGAGAGAAAAGACGAUACGAACGAGCUGACAGUCUUCCUUGUUUUUUUUCUGCCAUUCAAUAUCUGGGAAUGUGUCGAUAGACGACAUUGGAUCUAGUGGCAUUAGGUGAUAGUUGUCAAUCCCCGUAGAUUCCACGAUAUUCCGAAGUACUAGUCGGAACUGGAUACGGUUCCGAUCGAGUGAAAGUGGUGCUCCAAUAGUGUGUUAUUUUUUGCACACCCAAGUUAUGAGUGUAUGUUAUGAAAAUAUAUCGCACUGCAUGAACUGUGAAAAACGCACACAAAUCUAACUCAGGUGUCAUCGUUGCGUUCGAGUCGAAUCGUUGUUGCUAAUUUCAUAUUAGAACGAUCUAUCCUUGAGAUUGAUUAUAAACUGAUGAGUCAAGUAUACAGAAUCGAAUUAUUUGCCUAGCGUGAUAAAUUUUAAAAAACGAACCCUCACUGGAACGUGGAUAAACAAAUCAGUUCAAGGACCAGUGAGUUCAUUUACUCUGGUAUUUGUGAAACAGUGAGGAUCAACGGUUUUCGAACAGCUGCAACUUGCAUUGGCCCGUUGAAAAGGCAAAACAACGUGAGCUGUUGCUCCGCAGCACAGUAGUCUGCAGUGGAUUCUCAAAACGAAAGUGAAUGCGAACGCGACAGGAUCGACGAUUCCCGCGAGCCGUAAAAGUGAAUGAAGUCAGUACAAUAGUGCUCAACUAUUAGGAAAUAAGAGGAAAACGCUGAUUUAGUGUACAUUUAAAAGUGUGGCAACAUUAAGAAAGCUUUCAACUAUGAUUAAAUUAUCCAGAACAACUGGGGCCUACGCUGCCCUAGUAUCAGUAGUGUCCGGAACUAUCAUGUGGUUCAAUUUUCGCCCGCUGGGAAUAUUCUUCUUCUCCGGAUUGGUGUUGUUUUGGUGUCGGCAGUACGCCAACCUUCGCCUCCAGAUGACCCCCCUGGUGGAAGAAAAGCUACGAAACGUGUGCCAACGUGCGCUCCAGCUGCGGGCGCAAAAGCCUGGCCUGUUUUGUGCGCUGGUGUCCAGCUUCCUGGUUCUGUUGGCCAUCAUCGGUCACAUGGUGUCCGGAGCUUACAUUGUAAUCACGCUGCUGGUGCUGUCGUUCGUGAUUUCGACCAAGUAUGACAUCAAAAUCGUGGCCGAUCGUGAACGAUCACCAACCCCACUUUCGGCCGCCUUGUUCGACAAAGAAGUAGAAGAAUUUCUACCGGAGAUCACCGAAGCUACCGCUACGAUCUUGAGACAAGCCGGCGAAGAGGCUGAUGUCAGCGCAGUGUACCGAGCGGACAGCACUAUUAGCGAGUGCAAAGCUGGUGCCGUAGAUAACGAAGAUGAGGACGAUACCUACUCGGAUUUGCUGAUGCCUCAGAAUAGCAUUCAGGAACUGGACGAAGAGCAAUCGACUGAGUCCAGCAGUGACGAACUUUUGUUUGCCAGUGGUAGUAACAAGUCGGCAGCUGAGGUGCCCGCGACCGGUGAGAUCAAGUUCAAAAGUAGCCACUUCAAUGCGAAUACCUCGUCCGAUUCGGACGAUAGUAUCUCGCGUGGAUUGAACUUCGAUGACGUUCCCGAUAGUAGCCGAAAAAGAGGUCACUUUUCGCAUCAUAAUUCGCAGUACGAACUCCAGCAGCAACCACAACAACUGGUGGAACCGAAACGUCCCCAACAUCAGGACCAGCUGGCGAGUUUAGCAGGUAAUCUGCUUGCCGGCAGUAUGCUCGAUUAUCUUAGCUCAGCUAUUGCGGGUGCUUCGACAAUGAGUCAAUCGCAACCUGCGCCGAGUAACCGUAUACAUAAAUACAAUCGCAUGACCACUUCUGCUGCCAGCACCAGCGGUCGACGGGCGUAUGGUGAUUCUACUGACGAGGACGGGGAUAGCGAUUUUGAAAUGCUUAAUCCGGACGAAUUGAACAAUGCAUAAGGUGGUAGUCCUCGAGGAUAACAGCAAGGUAUUUAUUUUGAGAAUAUAAGUUUUUGCUUCCUGGUUCUUCAGAGAUCUUCCACAGAAGAGUUUAUUGAUUUGAAAAGAGGAGACAACUCGUAACUAAUUAUCGUAGAAACGUAACAGGGAUCGGUAGUGAACAGUGAAAAUAAUAAGAAACCAGUUGUCCCUUUUCUCACUAAUACCGAACUUAGCGGUAUGACAGUAGUUACCAUUUAUGUAGUUUCUCCUCCGCUGAUUGCAAAAAAAUAAUGAAAUUUCGAGGUUCACCCGAAUCAAAAUUUUAGUUUGUCAAAGAAUCUUAUUUGCAUAUGUUUCUUCUUUUUUGAGGUCUUGACUAAAAUAUAUUUUGUUAAGUAUUACUGCCCUUGAAUUUGAUUUAACAUAUCACGUAACUUUAUUUCAAACAAACAUACGUCGCAACUUCUUAAAUAAGUAUAUUACUAGUGCCAGAUUUGGAAAAAAGCACGAAGUACUCUGUAAAUAUGUGUACAUGUAUAUUAUUUUUACUUCUCCUGAAUCAAGUUAUGACAGUCCUAAUCCUUGAUAACAACCAGGUGUCGAUUCUCGUCAUAUCUCCUUUUGCAAUUCCCAACAAUAGAACCACUCAUUUGUUAGAUCGAUCAAUCCCGAGCUCAACAAUCCUAUGAAAAUGUUACACAGCAAUAAGCUAGUCCAAAGAAUUUAGGUUUAAUGAAUUUUGCUGAGAGCAGUCCUGCUACCAACUUCACCUCCUAUAAAUUAGAGAAGUAAACAUUAACUCAAUCCGGAGAAACAGGAAGAUUGACAAACGAAGAUCAAAAGCAGUAUAUUAUAAAUAUUUUCAAUUCACGAGGUAUCGCGUAUGUUGUAGCUAAACGGAUAUAAAAGACACCGACAAUCAGAUACAACCCUUUUUUAUCUAUCUUUUCAUAGAUGCAUGAAUCAUGUGUGUAGCGUCACCAAGUUAGCACACUUUUAACCCGUAACUAGGUAACCAAAAACAAAGCAUCUUUCUGCAAUUCUCGUACCCGAAAAUCGAAUAAAGUACAACUCCUCAAUCACUGUAUGUACAAAUAGUUCUAUGGUGAGGUAGAUAAGGUUCACCUGCCAGUAGGGAGUAGUUGUCUAACAUUUUUUUCCCUACCGGGGCGAUCGCUGCGCUAUGGGUACCAAGGAAACGAUGAUCUUACUGCCCAUAAUCGCAAGUGAGUCCCAUGUUCUAUGGGAUAGCCCUAUCUACAUGGGACUGACUUGCGAUUAUGGGCAGUUUACGUAAUCGAUGAAAGCAAAGAAUGUGUUGUGUCUGUUUGUCUGUUUAUAUGCCAUUAUACAUUUCUCAGAUACCACGAAAACACCUUCUUAUCUUUUCAAUUUGCCUGUGAACGGUGAAUGCAAUGUAACAUCCCUAGUAACAAUUGAGGUUUUAUGGCACCUCAGAAGCCCUUCUCAAAACUUAGAAUGCACUUUUAACGUGCUAUAAAACUAGAAAUGCUACUUGGGUUGGGGCAAAUUCCGAAUAGACACUUAAUUGGAGAUUGUGAACGAUCCACCUGUUCGAAGAACGAGUAAAUAAACUUAAAUAAUAUGUAAUGAAAUAUGUGUGAUAUGUUUUACUUUACCAUAUAUACCUGUAACGACUAUUGUGACGUAUUGCAAGUAAAGCUAAUUAAUAUUGAAUUUGUAUAUCGUAAA